AUGAAAGUUAUCGCGGCUAUGUUGCUCGUCGCCGUGUUUUGGAGCCAGGAGUGGAAGUCGGCGCUCUCGGAUUCAAUCAUCCAUAUCGGUGCCAUCUUCGACGAGUCGGCACGGAAAGAUGACGAGGUGUUUCGCCUUGCUGUGGCAGAUCUCAAUUUGAACAACGAGAUCUUGGAGACAGAGAAGAUUACCAUCUCUGUGGAGUUCGUCGACGGGAACAACCCUUUCCAGGCGGUGCAAGAAGCCUGCGAGCUGAUGAACCGUGGCAUCCUGGCCCUGGUCAGUUCAAUUGGCUGCAUGUCGGCCGGCAGCCUUCAAACUCUGGCCGACGCCAUGCACAUCCCCCACCUCUUCAUCCAGCGCUCCCCGGCGGGAACACCCCGCUCGGCCUGCCCGCCCACCAGUCGCAUCCCUGGAACAGAUGACUACACCCUAAUGGUCCGCCCACCUGUCUAUCUCAAUGAGGUCAUCAUGCAAGUGGUGUCUGAGUACAGCUGGCAGAAGUUCAUCCUCUUCUACGAUUCUGAUUUCGAUAUCCGUGGGAUUGAGGAUUUCCUUGACCGGACCUCUCAGCAGGGAAUGGACGUGUCCCUUCAGAAGGUGGAGUCUAAUAUUAACAUGAUGAUCACGAGUCUGUUCAGAACAAUGCGCGUGGAGGAGCUGCAUCGCUACAGGGACACGCUGCGCAGAGCCGUGCUGUUCAUGAGCCCGGCUACUGCCAAGGCCUUCAUCACCGAGGUGGUGGAGACCAACCUGGUGGCCUUCGAUUGUCACUGGAUCCUGAUUAAUGAGGAGAUCUCAGACUACGACUUACAGGAGUUGGUCAUGAAGUCGAUCGGUCGGCUGACGUUGGUGCGCCAGAUGUUCCCCAUGCCCCAGAACACAACUCAGCGCUGCGUCAAGCACAACCACAGGAUCAACACUUCCCUCUGUGACCCUAAAAACCCCAAGGCUCAGCAGCUUGAGAUCACAAACCGCUACAUCUAUGAUACCGUGUUGCUGCUGGCCAACACCUUCCACAGAAAGCUGGAGGACAGGAAGUGGCACAGCAUGGCCAGUCUAAGCUGCAUCAGGAAGAACUCCAAACCGUGGCAGGGAGGCAAGAGCAUGCUGGAUACUGUCAAAAAGUUCGGAGUAAGCGGGAUCACCAGUUUCCUGGAGUUCACCGACAACGGCACUAACCCCAAUAUCUUCUUCGAAAUCCUGGGAACGAACUACGGAGAAGACAGGGGACGUGGAGUCAGCAGGUUGGCCACGUGGGACCCGGUUCAUGGAUUGAAUGGCACUCUGACAGACAGGAAAUUGGAAAAUAACAUGAGGGGAGUUGUGCUCCGAGUCGUCACCGUUCUGGAGGAGCCGUUUGUAAUGGUGUCGGAAAACGUUCUGGGGAAACCGAAGAAGUACCAGGGCUUCUCCAUUGACGUCCUGGAUGCUCUGUCCAACUACCUGGGCUUUAAGUACGAGAUAUACGUCGCUCCGGACCAUAAAUACGGCAGCUUGCAGCCCGACGGUCAGUGGAACGGACUGAUGGGUGAACUGGUCUUCAAGCGAGCCGAUGUGGGGCUCUCCGCUUUGACCAUCACGCCUGAGCGAGAGAGCGUUGUGGACUUCACCACACGCUACAUGGAUUAUUCUGUGGGCGUUCUGCUGCGCAAGGCCGAACGCACCGUGGACAUGUUCGCCUGCCUGGCACCCUUCGACCUGUCACUGUGGGCGUGCAUCGCAGGCACCGUGCUUCUCGUUGGCAUCCUGGUGUACUUGCUCAACUGGCUCAACCCACCGCGGCUGCCCAUGGGAUCCGUGUCUUCGACAACGCUGUAUAAUUCCAUGUGGUUUGUCUACGGCUCCUUUGUACAACAAGGUGGAGAGGUUCCCUACACCACCCUAGCGACGAGGAUGAUGAUGGGCGUUUGGUGGAUGUUCGCUCUUAUCGUCAUCUCCUCGUACACCGCCAAUCUCGCAGCUUUCCUCACCAUCACGCGCAUAGAGAACUCAAUACAGUCCCUGCAGGACUUAUCCAAGCAGACAGAGUUGCCUUACGGUACAGUGUUGGACUCUGCUGUAUACGAUCAGGUGCGCUCCAAGGCGAUGAACCCCUUCGAGAGAGAUCCCAUGUACUCCCAGAUGUGGCGGAUGAUUAACCGCACCGGAGGCGGAGAAAAUAACGUGGAAGAGUCAAAGGAAGGCAUUCGCAAGGUGAAAUACGGGCGAUUUGGCUUCGUGUGGGACGCAGCAGUGCUGGAAUAUGUUGCUAACAAUGACGAGGAUUGCUCCUUCUACACCGUCAGCAACAAUGCGCCAGACCGUGGAUACGGCAUCGCCAUGCAGCACGGCAGCCCCUACAGGGACAUUUUCUCCCAGAGAAUCUUGGAGCUCCAGCAAAACGGUGACAUGGAUAUACUAAAACUCAAGUGGUGGCCCAAGGACAGCCCCUGUGACCUCUACAGCUCAGUCCAGACACGACAACGCGGCAAUGCCCUCGAUAUCCACAGCUUCGCCGGCGUUUUCUGCGUCCUGGCAGCCGGUGUGGUCCUCUCCUGCCUCAUCGCCAUGGUGGAAAGCUGGUGGUCACGAAGGAAGGGAUCCAGGGUCCCCUCCAAGGAGGACGAUAAGGAGAUCGACCUGGAGCACCUACACCGCCGGGUUAACAGCUUGUGCACCGAGGAUGAAAGCCCCCACAAGCAGUUCUCCACCUCUUCCGUCGAUUUAACACCCCUUGACAUGGAUGCGCUGCCCGCUGCUCGUCAGGCACUCGAGCAGAUCAGCGAUUUCCGCAACACCCACAUCACCACCACCACCUUCAUCCCUGAGCAGAUCCAGACCCUAAGCCGUAGCCUCUCUGCCAAAGCCGCCGCUGGAUUUUCUGCUGGUUUCGGUAGCGGUGGCGGAGGCGGCCUCCAGGACCACCGGACUGGCGGGGUUGGCCCUUUCCGGCAGAGGGCCCCCAAUGGUGGCUUCUUCCGCAGCCCCAUUAAAACAAUGUCCUCCAUCCCGUACCAGCCCACAGGUCCAGGACCCAACUUCGGAUACGGCAAUGAUCCAGACAGGGGCACCUCCAUAUGA